GAAGACGGCCGGCCUGGGUCCGCCUCUCCCGCUCAACCGGGAGGCUCAGACAGGCUGUUUGGUCUGGGUCUCAGUUCCCUUCCCUACACGGAGGGGCUGACACCCACCUGGAGGGGCCGUCACGCGGGAGGACUGAGGCUGCCUAGAAAGCUCCAUCUUGCGCCUGAGGCACUGAGGUCUCCCUCUGGCCAGGUGCUGGGGGCCCUCCUGGGCCGGAGGUCACUGCCAAGGCCUGGUCACCCCAGGGAGGCAGCAGGAUGUCCACGCUCAGCACCCAGCCCCUGAAACCCAAGGCCCUGCACCCACCACCGGGGUCCCCGGAGUCCCCAGGCCACCAGCGGCGCCACACGCUGCCCGCCAGUGAGUUCCGCUGCCUCACCCCAGAGGAUGCGGCCGGCGUGUUUGAGAUUGAGCGAGAAGCCUUCAUGUCCGUCUCGGGCAGCUGCCCCCUGUACUUGGACGAGAUCCGGCACUUCCUCACCCUGUGUCCAGAGCUGUCCCUGGGCUGGUUCCAGGAGGGCCGCCUGGUGGCCUUCAUCAUCGGCUCACUUUGGGACAAGGAGAGGCUCACCCAGGAGUCGCUGACGCUGCACAGGCCCGGGGGCCGCGUGGCCCACCUGCACGUGCUGGCCGUGCACCGCGCCUGCCGGCAGCAGGGCAAGGGCUCCGUCCUGCUGUGGCGCUACCUGCAGCACCUGGGCGGCCAGCGGGCCGUGCGCCGGGCGGUGCUCAUGUGUGAGGACGCCCUGGUGCCCUUCUACGAGAGGCUCGGCUUCCGCGCCGUGGGCCCGUGCGCUGUCACCGUGGGCUCCCUCGCCUUCACUGAGCUCCAGUGCUCCGUGCGGGGCCACGCCUGCCUGCGCAGGAAGAGCGGUUGCUAAGGGGGCUGCCCGCCUGGCCCCCGGGCCCCUCCUCUGCCCCAGCUGAGUGUGGCCGGAGGGGUUCCCGCCUGCCCCGUGCUCACAGCCGGGUGCCCUGUCCUCUGUGCCUGAGGCCAGGCUGGAUCCCAGGUGCCCAGUCCUUUCCUGUCCACUCGCUCACGCCCACACUCGCUGCCCUUAGUCCUGGACGCAGGGUGCAGGGUCGGCGGUGGCAGCCCUGGGCGCCUCUUCCCCAGCCCAUGGGCACCCCGUGUGUCCCCUCUGCCUCCCCAGGACCCCCUUCUCUCCCAGCUGCCCCCACCCGACCCCAAGCCCUGUGCUGGCUCCUGGGUCCACAGAAAUAAAACAGCUUUGCCCCCAGGGGCUCCUGGUGCGGUGCGGUGCGGUGUGGAGGGUGCAGAGGGUUGCGGGCGAGGCACAGGUGCAGUGAGGGGGCUCGUGGCAGGCAGGACGGAGUGGCCAGGCCUCGCCUUUGCCCCCAGGGCAGGUCCUAGGCGAAGGCAGGGGCGGGUGGCGGCGGGAGAAGCCAGGGGAGUGAAGC